AGACAAAAUAAUUGAUUGGGCACUUUUGUCUGUUUCAACAGUUGAAAAUUAAUUUGUGAAACCGCAAUAAAUGUUAAAAGAAAGUUUAAACAAAAUGAAUACAUCCAAUGAGAAUGAAUUGAAUCGCGCUUCAAAAGCCGGAAUAAUUACUUGGGCCCUUCUAACUGAUCGAAAAUUUGUUAUUCUAAUCAUUACAUUUGGGCUUGCCUUGGAUGGUUCGACAUGUUUCAAAGAUCUCUACUUUGUUCCAGAUACUUAUCAAACUACACGUUUGGUACUAGUUUCUAUUCGACAAUGGACCUGUGCUUUCUUGCUUGUUCUAUUUUAUGUUCGCAGAAAGAAAUACAGUGAUCUAAUAAUUCAUUUUGAACGCAAGACAAAGAUUGAGCUGUCACCUGCAUUAGUUGAUUACCUGAAUAAGAAUCGCUUCAUCUUUCAAAUAUUCACGUUGACCCACUGUUGCGCUUGCAUUUUGGUGGUAAGUGUUGCUUGGUACAACUUUUCUUUUGCAUUAUUGCCUUACUUUCCUUAUAUUUUUAUUGGUUUGGCAACUAUUGGUAUUCUUUGUUUUCUUGUUUUCCUUCGUUUCUUUAUUGAAGCCUGUCUUUACAUCCAUACCUGUUUCAUGCGAGUUGAACACCAAGUAAACAUACUGAAUAACUCAACAAAUGCCUUGUCUAUUGAUGAUAUUCGAAAAGUUCGACGAUUGUAUUGCAUCGCUGUUGAAACGACAGAAAAGUUUAAUUGUUUAUUCAUGCCAAUUAUAGCUCUUUAUUUUGUGAUCAAUAUCGUUUCAAGUCAUUUUUCACUUGUAUAUUCGAUUGUCGAUCCAUCGUACGUAACUCUACUCAUAAGUUUUAUUGAAUUAGCAAAUUUUAUAAUCGUAACCUAUCACACGAUUUAUAUCAACCACCUUUCAACCAGGAUUUAUCAAUCCGUCUAUUCGCUUACAUAUAAAACUGACUCGCUGUUUACCAAUAAAGAGGUCAAUCUUUUUCUCACUCGUAUUGAACGCGCUGAUGUUGGCUUCACAUUCCUGGACCUGUUUGUUAUCACACCAACUUGCGUUACUUCACUGGCUACAAUAUCAUUGACUAUUGCUUUAGCAACACCCUCAUUGGUCAAAUGUUAAUCAUUUCAUAAAAUUUCGUCAAUACGCUUCACGUUUUUGCAUCUUGAAAAAUUGCACUGAUUCAUACCGUACUACGAGGAUGGAAAUUGCGUGGCACAUUAAACAAUUAAGAAGGGCGAAGAUCGCAUGGAACUGAGGUUAAUAUUAAUAGCUCAAUGGAAAGAUUAGCCAAUAAGAAUGAACAAUUUAAAUUAUUAAUAACAUUUAUUGCUUUAUCAGCUACAGGACUAUCAAGUGGCAGAAUGAAUACAAGAUCGUAUUUCGGUCGAUAAUCAAGUUGAUAAAACGCAAAAAAUAAAGGCAAUCUUUAUCUUUGCUAUGAUACUAAUAUUUUAUUUAAAUAAAACUUUGGCUGGUCAAAAAUAGAGACGAAAUUAUAAAACGAGAAUGAAAAAUGAUACUUCACAAUGGAAAAAGAUUGAUUUUAAAAAAUUGAAGAG